AUGCUACCCGAUAGUGAGAUCCUUACAGCCAACGCGCGCUUCCAAGCACUGAUGGACCGAGUAGCCACACUUGAACAAAUAGUUCAGACGGUCACUCCCUUGCAAGCCAAAGUCACCGAACUCGAGGAGACUGUUCAGAAGUACCGUGAUAUGCUGGACUUCAUUCUUUCGAACGAAGAUUUCUUCACAAGCCUGACCGUCAACCUCAACCCUCGAUUACUCAGCCUCGAAUCCAACGUCCAGAAGAUGACGUCACAAUUACCACCCAUCACUCGCGCAGAACUAGGCAAACUAUUUUAUGAUCACAAGACCGAUGUCACCAACACACACCCCCCGCAGUCUUCUCCGGCAAGCGUGAAGAUUGGAAAGGGUUUCAGGCUCAGCUGGAACUCUUCUUCGUUGCAAACGAGACCCUCUAUGCGGCCCCUUCAUGUGCAGAGGAUAUAA